GCUCGAGCUGCGUUUGCUAUGGUGCCUCCGCGCAAAAGCUCCAGCAGUAGCUCCAGCAGCUCGGAGUCCAGCUCCAAAAGUCCAGCGCCCAAGAAGCGUGCGAAGAAGGCUUCGCCCAAGCGCCCAGCGAAGGCUAAGGACACCAAAGACACCAAGGACACCAAGGAUGCAAGAGAUGUAUGGAAGAAAUGCAUUUUUGUUUAUUUUGUUGAACUUUGUUUCAAAAUUAGCAUCCUGACCUUUCUUUCUGGUUAUAGUUAAUUUGUCUAUUUUGUCCAGCAUGCUGUAGAUUCCAAGGACAGAGAUGCGAGGGCUUCCAAGGAGGCCAAAACGGUGAAGGCUUCGGAGAAGCCAAAGCCCAAGAGGUCUGAGGCACGAUCAUCUCCGAGGCCCAAAACCAAGGCACGCCAGGCUUCCCGAAAGAGAUCACCUGAGAAGACAUCGCCAAAGCGGCGAAAGGAAUCGCCAAAGAGGCGCACACCUGAGAAGAGGAAGGCGUCGCCAGCCAAGCGCUCCCGCCGCUCACCGUCGCGUGAACGCCGCUCGCGCGAGCCGAAGCGACGCAACGCCUCGGCGAAGCGAGCGACGCCACGCUCCGUGGGGAAGCGGCGCUCACCCCAGCGGCGCUCGCCGUCGCGCUUCUCGCCCGAGCGGUCGCGAUCCCGGUCCUUCUUCUCGAACAAGAUGGCGAGCGACCAGAUCUCACCCAAGAAGAAGGAGAAUGGUGUGAAGCAGCCACAGGCAAGAAGCUUCCUUGGAGCCCUAGCGGCUGUGGCCAAGAAUCAGAAGCCCAGAGAUACAGGAACCGAAAACGAGAAGGGCGACUGGAAGGAGAAGGGCGAUGGCCGGAAAGAUGCCGGCUGGAAGGAAAAACGGGAUCCGCUGAAGACCGACCCCAAUGCCACAAAUGCUACCACAGGCUAUGGCAGGGGCUAUGGCCAGUGGGGGAACCAAUGGUCCAAAUGGGAGGCCAAGGAUAAAGAAGAAUCCAAGGAGCACAAAGGGCUUAGGGCAUGGUCAGAUGAUGAAGACCCUGUUCCAAAGCCGAAGGGUGCCAAGGAUACAAAGGAUGCAAAGGACUCAAAGGAUGAGAAGGAGGAUGAAAAGGACUCUGGAAAGGAUGGGGAGCAGAAGUCUGAUCAAUGGAGCAAGUGGGGCUCCAAUUGGAAGAAGUCAGAGAACUGGUGGAACUCCUCCAAUUCCAAUUGGUCAGGGUCCGGAUGGAAGUCUUCAAAUUCCAAUUGGUGGAAGAACGACCAGGGGAAGUACGGCUAUAAGAAAGAAGCCCUGGAGACCCCCUCCGUGGAGGAAGACUCCGAGCGGCGGCAGAAGAGAUUAGAGCGUUUCGCGGCCAAAGAUGAGCCUCGGAUCGUAGGAGCGACAUCAGUGGUUUGCCACAUCAACUGGAGCGCGGAAGCCGAGCAAAAAGAUGACAAAGACAAAGACAAAGAGGAGGAGGAGAAGAAGGACAAAACAGAAGAGGAUGCCGAGGCUAAAGAGGAUGAAGAGCGCGCCAAGCAGCUUCGGAGUGGUGAGCGGGCGUGGUCGGAGGCAGAUGAUGAUGACUGAGUGCCUGAGGCCGCUCAUUCCUGGUGUCGCUCUUGCUUCCUUGCUUGCUAGCGUAUGAGGUUCAGAAGUUCACAGGACACACACAUGGUAGUUGUGCUGCUGGCCUGUGUGGCUAAGAGUUCGAGAAUUGAUUGGUGGAAUGCUCUGGAUUGGUGGAAUACUCUGGCAAGCUACGCUCCCCUUUCAAGAUUGUUGACCCUUCACUGGUACACUGGUCUAAUACUACUGGGCGAUCCUGCUUGGUCAACUGGGAUUCGGGGCAGAACGAGUUUGCAAAAAGCAGGGUGCACACAUGCCAUGCAAGUGUCCUGGGGAUGUAGUAGAGAUCAUCGUGCAGCACACCUGGCACGCAAAACAUAUGCAGUUCUAGCCACAUAACUUGUUAAGGGUUGGAAGCUGGCGGCGGCUUGA